CUUCAGAAGCACUGAAUUUGACGUUUGCUAACCUACAAAAAAUUAUUUUCGUUUGAAUUUUCUACCCGCGUAGACAUGUUAUAUGUAUUAAAAUUACCGUAUAUUAUUUCGAUUCACUGAAACUGUGCAUUGCAUAAAUUGUGCCACGUGAAUUGUGAAUUUUUCAGUGAUAAAUUACAAGUUUUACCUGUUCGGAACACUUGCGUUUGCUUUCAUUUAAAUCGGUGACAAUGUCGCGUGAUCGAAGCUCGAGGCGGUUCUACCGCGCGGAGUCCACUCACGACCUGCUGUCUUACAUGGACAAGGGUCAGGCGGCGUUGGAGGAAAAUAGGUGGACGUUUGAAACAGCAUGGGAGGCAGCCAACAAAGUUGGCGGUAUAUACACAGUUAUACGAUCGAAGGCGUAUGUUUCGACUGAGGAAAUGGGAGAAAAUUAUUGUCUUUUGGGUCCGUUUAAGGAGCAAUGCGCAAGAACAGAAGUGGAGGAGGCGGACUUCCCUCGCAACUCACCCCUCACGAUUGCUGUCAACGCAAUGCGGAGUCAAGGAUAUAAAGUCCAUACAGGAACGUGGCUAGUUGACGGAAACCCUCAAAUUAUCCUGUUCGACAUCGGUUCAGCCGCUUGGCAGAUGGACAGUUAUAAGCAGGAGCUGUGGGACACCACGUCUAUCGGUAUACCGCACUUGGACGUGGAGGCUAACGAUGCUGUUAUCCUCGGUUUCAUGGUAGCACACUUUAUCACUGAGUUCCGUAAAGCGGCUGAAGGCUACAGCGAUACUCCACCGCGAGUGGUCGCGCACUUUCACGAGUGGCAAGCCGGCAUCGGUCUCAUUGUUUUGAGAGUUCGUCACGUCGACGUUGCCACGGUGUUCACGACGCACGCGACUCUACUCGGCCGGUACCUCUGCGCUGGCAACACUGACUUUUAUAAUAAUUUGGAUAAGUUCUCCGUGGACGAGGAGGCUGGCAAGCGACAGAUCUACCACCGGUACUGCAUGGAGCGCGCAGCGGCGCACAUGACGCACGUGUUCACCACCGUCUCGGACAUCACGGGUUAUGAAGCGGAGCACCUGCUGAAACGGAAACCGGACUUCAUCACACCGAACGGCUUGAACGUCAAGAAGUUUUCAGCUCUACACGAAUUCCAGAACUUACACGCGCUGGCCAAGGACAAGAUAAACGAAUUCUCCAGGGGACACUUCUACGGGCAUUUCAACUUCAAUCUCGACAAGACUUUGUAUUUCUUCAUCGCCGGACGGUACGAGUUCGGUAACAAGGGGGCGGAUAUCUUCAUAGAGGCGUUGGCGAGGUUAAACCACUAUCUGAAGUCUUCAGGCUCAGAUAUGACUGUGGUGGCUUUUCUGAUAUUCCCCGCGAAGACGAACAACUUCAACGUGGAGAGUCUGCGCGGGCACGCCGUCACGAAGGCCCUGAGAGACACCAUCCAAGACAUACAGCAGAAGAUCGGCAAGCGAAUGUAUGACAUAUGCUUAAGCGGUCACUUGCCGGACGCGUCGGACCUGCUGCACAAGGACGACACGGUGCGCCUCAAGCGCUGCAUCUACGCCAUGCAGCGCGACGGCCUGCCGCCCAUCACCACGCACAACGUGGUGGACGAUUGGAGCGACCCGGUGUUGAACUCCGUGCGCCGCUGUCAGCUGUUCAACACGGUCCAUGAUAAAGUUAAAGUGAUCUUCCACCCCGAGUUCCUUACGUCCACGAACCCCCUGUUCGGCCUGGACUAUGAGGAGUUCGUCCGCGGCUGCCACCUGGGCGUGUUCCCCUCGUACUACGAGCCGUGGGGGUACACGCCGGCCGAGUGCACCGUCAUGGGCAUACCCAGCAUCACGACCAACUUGUCAGGGUUCGGCUGUUUCAUGCAAGACCACAUAGCGGACCCCAUGUCGUACGGGAUCUACGUCGUGGACCGGCGCUACAUAUCGCUGGAGGGCUCCGUGCAGCAGCUCGCGCAAUACAUGUUUGAUUUCACCAAAUUGACGCGUCGGCAGCGCAUCAUCCAGAGAAACAGGACCGAGAGACUGUCCGACCUCAUGGACUGGAGGAAUCUAGGAAUUUAUUACCGUCAAGCGCGAGCCCAAGCGCUUAAGAUAGUGUAUCCGGACUACGUGGACCACAUGGACCAGGAGCUCGGCAAGCGGUUCAACUACCCCCGGCCCAUCUCCGAACCGCCCAGUCCUACGCAUUCUAGAGCAACCACACCAGCGGCAUCAGUUCACGGCUCGGAAGACGAAGAUGAAGUGGACGAAGAGAAGGAACUAGCGGAAUUGAGGAUUUCAGAUAAAUAAUUUACAUAAUACGAACAUAGGUUACGAAAUAGCCCACGCGUGGGAAACGAGAAUUAAUACAGCACUUACAAUCUGGAGAGCUAUUCUGUAAGAACAAACCAACUCGCAUAGCUUAUAUAAUUAUAUUGUAAGUUCAAUAAAAUAAUAUUUGCUUACCCAGAAUUAUUCAAAGGUAUAUUCACAAUUGGGUGAAUAUUUAUGAUAUAGAGGACAAACAUAUAAAUACACAAAAAUAUCAACGUCGGUUCUUAAUUGCAAGCGUUUCAAAGUGAAUUCUUACGGAAUAGCACUGCAAGAUUAAAUUGUUUUCUAUCUUACAGAAUACAAAUCAGAAACUACUACUAUUAUUAUUAUUAUUUUAGAUGUUUUACUUAAUUGUAAUAAAUAGGCAAUUGUAUUGAAACAUUUUUUUUUAAAUAUUUAAUCUAUGGAACUACGUCAGUGCCAAAUUUCACAAAAAUCUGAUAUUAUGUUAUAUUAUUGUAAAAUAUAUAUUUCGAAAACCGAAUUAUUGUAGAAUAGAUUAGUUUAUGUAACACAAGAAAAUGAAUUUAUUUACAUUUAUUAUCUGUUACGAAGUGUUGCCAUUUUCCUAUAAGACAGCUUCCAUUCUUGCCAUUGUUAAAUAUUGUAUUUUAUUUGAUAUUUUUAAUAUAUUGUAUAUUUUAAAUUUUUGUGAUGUAUUUUUUAAAUUUUAUAUAUUAUAUUUGGGUAAAAAAUUUGCGGUCGUGGCUUAAAUCCGAAUAAUUGUUUAUUAAAUAGUUUAUCUUCUAUGAAAUGCUAUUUAAACCGAAAAACUCGAAACAUACAUAUAUUUUUAUAUAUUUUUAAAUUAAAAUCCUAUGAUAUAAUAGAUUAAGAAGAGAUUUUUAAUAAAAUAUUUUUUAUAUUAACAAUUCUUGCAGUCUAUGUAGAAGUUUUAAAUCAAAUUAAUAUAUAUAUACACGUAUAUACUUUUAUAUGAAAAUAUAUAAAAAACAAAUUCAUAACUCGCUUGUGUAUUAUCGUGAAAUGUAUUUAAGUUACAAUUAAAAAUUGCUUGCUUUAUAUAUAAAUGUCGUUUCGCGAGAGAUUAGUUAAACAAUGCUGUGUCUUCUUCUCUCGAAUAUUAAAUCAAUGAUGAAAGAAAGAGAAAAACACAGUAGAAUAUGUUUUAAAAGGGAUGUUGUUAGGAAGCUGCUUAAAUAUAUUUCUAUAUAAGUGAAAACAUUAAGUACAUAUAAUGCUGUGUUGUUAAUCGAAUCGGAUUCUAAAAGGGGAUUUCAUAGUAUGACUGCCUCGUUGGUCUAGUGGCUACGUGUAAGGCCGCAGAACCGGAGAUCCUGGGUUCAAAUCCUAGGUCGGACUAAUAAAAAGUUAUUGAAUGAAAAUUCUCAGUAGCAACCCGGAGUCUGGAAGUUGGAAGUGUAUACACUCCCGUACUUCGUAAAGCCUUUGGUCCUGCGCCUGAACUCUUGAGAUUGGCCGCCGUGGCCGAAAUCGAUCUGCAGGACAUUAUUUAUAGUAUAAAGCUAAUCGAUUCGGCUCCGCAGGAGUAGAUAAGAAGAAAAAUGUAUUGUGGAUAGGAUUUAAGUAAAAUCCGUUCUCAGUGAGCGUCUACGUCGGGGAAGGAUUAACUGUGACGAAUUUCAAUCGGGCGGAUAGUUUAGGAGAUCUAUGAUGUAAUGUAUAUUAAUAUUUCAAUAAGCAAAUACCUAUACCCUAUAUCUUAGUAGGUGGUGCAUUGGCAUUGUAAAGGAUGGUCUAUGGAUGGUGGUGACCACUAGUUUUACCAUCAGAUGUCAUAUAAAAUAAUAAUAAUAAUCUUUAUUCACAUCAAAAGUAACAAAUUAAAAUGAAGUCCCUGAUUUCUGAGCUGGGCUCAAAGACCUGUAUUACAGAAAUCUGAAAAAUAAAAUUGCAUUGUUGAUGUCGCAUCGAUAAAGCGAGAAUAAAUUUAAACAGUGAGCAAUUAACAAAUUAUAACGAUUUGCUUUUCAAAACUAUAAAAAAGUUAUAACGAUAUAACGAGCAAAUGUCUCUAUGAAAGUUUUUUUUAUAAUGGUAAGGGUGAGAUAGAGAUAGGCCGUAUCAGUAGGGGGAGAAAUGUUGCCAGCUCCCUAAACAUAAAUCGUUUUGAACAUUUCCACUUACAAUACACAAACAAUUAUGUAAUUUGUUUUCUAUAUGCGAAUAUUUCGAAAAUUUUUAUUUACGUGUAAACAAAUUCUGCCAUAGAUUACACAUAGGUAUGUCUCGUACCUAGAGUUUAUGUGAACGACAUUAUUAGUUCCUAUACCAAACUUUAAAUAAAAAUAUUAUAUUUUUAUAUUUAUGGUUAAAACAAAACAAUUAUAAUAUAUAGCUAUUUUUAUUUCAUUGUCGUCAUUAUUAAAAUAAAUGGCCUUUAUUAUUUA